AAUAUUGCGAAGUGAUUUUGCUUCACGUUAAAGAACAUUCGCGUUACGAAGUGUUUCGAUGCAUGUACUGUGAUAAAACUGUCUUUAUUAAAUGAUUGUAAUUCAUAAUACUUGUUCUAAGUGUUGAUUUAUCUGUUCUGUUGUUUUGACUUAUUAAUGACAUUCGAAUUUUAAUAUACAAUCAAGAAUAAUGGGUGUUGGCCUCAAACCACUAGAGUUUACGGAUUGCUUAACCGAUAGCCCCUAUUUCCGAGAAAAUCUUCAUUAUCAUGAACGUGAAUUGGAGAAGACCAGCCAGCAAAUUAAACGGCUCAUCAAAGAGGUCAAAGAUCUUUUAUUAGCUGCCAAAAAUUUAUCCAGAGCCCAGAGAGCAUUUUCCAAAACAUUGCAGAAUUUUAGUUUUGAAUGUAUUGGAGAAACUCAAACUGAAGACGAAACUCACAUAUCACAAAGCCUUAAGGAAUUUGGUAAACUUAUUGCAUCAAUAGAGGAUGAAAGGGAUCGCAUGCUUGAACGUGCUUAUGAUCAAAUUAUACUUCCCUUGGAAAAUUUUAGAAAAGAACACAUUGGAGGAGUUAAGGACGGAAAAAAGAAGUUUGAGAAACAAACCAUUAAAUUUUGUCAAAGUCAAGAACGUUACUUAAAUUUGUCUACAAAAAAGCAAGACAAUGUUCUUCAAGAGGCUGAUGCAACAUUGGAAAUGGCUGAGAGACAUUUUUGUCAAGCUAGUUUAGAAUAUGUGUUUUUGCUUCAAGAAGUUCAAGAACGUAAAAAAUUUGAAUUUGUUGAAACUUUACUAGGUUUCAUGUUUGGUUGGCUAACUUUUUAUCACCAAGGGCAUGAAGUUGCAAAGGAUUUUAAACCAUACAUGACUGAACUGCAAUUAAAAAUACAGAAGACUAGAGAAAAUUUCCUUGCUACCCGGGAUAAAACAGAAUCACUUAUGAAUAAAAUGAAGGAUAUGAAAAAGUCUGCUGUAGAAAGUGGGGUCAAUAAACUAUACACCCGUGAAGGUUACUUGUUUUUAAUGGAAAAAAAAGCAUUUGGUACAACAUGGACAAAACAAUAUUGUACAUAUCAAAAGGACAAGAAAGAAUUUACAAUGAUACCUUAUAAUCAACUCACAGGAAAGUUUAGCAGCAAAGAAAUUUUAAUAUUGGCGUCUUGUGUACGUCGUACAUCGGAUACAAUUGAAAAACGGUUUUGCUUUGACAUCACAACUAUUGAUAAGUCUAAUGUAAUAUAUACAUUCCAAGCGCUUUCCGAAGAAGAUAGAAAGUUAUGGUUAGAUGCUAUGGAUGGUAAAGAACCUAAUUGCCCUGUAGUAGGUGCAUCAACAAAAUCUGAAGAAACUGUUUUAGAUGAAACAGGUUUUACGUUUGUAUCAAAAUGCAUUGCAGCACUCGAAGAAAGGGGCCUUGAGGAACAAGGUUUAUAUAGAGUUGUUGGUGUUGCUUCUAAAGUAAAUAAACUUUUAGCAAUGGGUUUAGAUAGAAGGAAACUAGAAAAACUUAAUCUGGAUCAUCGUUUUGAAUGGGAAAGUAAAACUAUUACUAGUGCACUUAAAACGUAUUUAAGGACACUAUCCGAACCGCUAAUGACCUUCCGGUAUUAUAAUAGUUUCAUUUCAGCUGCGAAACAAGAAAUGAAAGAAGCACGUGUAAGUGAUAUUCACAAUCUUGUUUAUCGACUACCAAAAGCAAAUUUUAAUAUGUUAGUCCUUCUUAUUAGACAUCUAUGCAGCGUGGCGAAAAAGAGUGACAAAAAUUUAAUGACCAUUGGUAAUUUGGCUGUAUGUUUUGGUCCAUCGUUAUUGCGACCAGAAGAGGAAACAGUAGCUUCUAUAAUGGAUAUUAAAUUUUAUAACAUUGUAGUUGAAAUUUUAAUUGAAAACUGUGAAAGAAUAGUUGUUGGUCCACCACAAGAUAAUGUACGCUCAACACAAAUUACAACACAAAAUAUCGCUUCCUCUAGAUCACAACGUGUUAAUGCAGAAGAUGGCUCAACAUCUUCUGGUAAUGGUACUCCUUUUCUAAGAUAUCCAGUACAUAGCAACAUAUCUUCGCCACAUGGACAUCUUGUUACAAGAUCAUACUAUGAUGGUCCAUUAGCAGUUGUUACUAAAUCAUCUUCUAUCGAUGACCGAAAAAAUGGAGACUACGAAGAAACAGAACAUACAGGUCACAGAAUCUCAAAAUAUUUAGAUAGUCGAAGUGGACGUGUUAAAUUAACUAAUGCUAAUCUCAUGUACCAUUCCACAGAUAAAGUAUUAACCAGUGGCAAUACAAGUAGUUCAAGUGAAUCAAUUGCAUCUGAUCCACACUCGUUUUCAUCUGAUUUGCCAGUGAAGCAAAAACGUGGCUCCAUGUUACCUGUACAUUAUCCAUCAAGUUACGCUCAACGAAGCAAUGCAUCAGUAUCUGUAGUUAAUACAUCACCUAGUAGUGGACGUUCAAGCCCUGGGCAAGUACCUGGUAUUUGGAGAGUCCGCACCCUAUAUGCUUGUGUGGCUGAAAGCGAUGGAGAAUUAUCGUUUGAACCAAAUCAAAUCAUUACAAAUGUAAAGGCUUCUGUGGAACCAGGGUGGUUAGAGGGUACAUUAAAUGGUAAAACAGGACUGGUCCCAAAGAAUUAUGUUGAACAAUUGCCUUGAAUUUGGAUAAGCCAA